AUGGAGAUUGAGACGCAGUUCAAAGGCUUCAACUUCCCCGAGCUCCUCAUCCAGAGCUUGGAGGAAUCCGAGGUAUUCUUCAACACAAAGUCUAUGACCGCGGGUUACCCAUGCCAAGGUCUUGCAGCAGCGACCCACGUGGAUGAGGACUAUCCAUAUCGGACAUCAGACCAAAUGACAAACCAAGGGCAGGGACCAAACCACCACCACCGCCGAACCUCCUCUCGUACCUCAUCCCAUUACAAAUCUGUGGCCCCACAGAGUGCCCGGCAAUCCCUUCACGAGGGCACGGAGCGCAGAUUGGCGGCAGGCAUGCCCGGGUACCAUGAGCAAUUUGGGGCCGCGGACGACUCUUCUGACACCUCCAGUGAUUCAUCCGUAGAGAUAAUGCCACCUUCAAUCAGAACCCGCCAGCAAUCAGUGGUCACAACUACCACCUCGAUUUCCGGCCGCAGUUCUUCGCCAUUUUCCAGCAAGCCCCACUCCCCCUCUUCCACUUCGUCGAAGCCGACUGCAAACCGGCAAGGAACGUGGUUCGAUGAUGAGCCAGACCUGAUGUCCGGAUCAGAAGAGCCCGAAAUGGUCAACGACCGCUAUGUUCCCCCUCGGCCGCAAACAGCCCUUGGAUUCAACGACACAAUUCUCGGCAAGACCGUGCUAUCCUCUCCAAGUUCGCCGAGGACGCCGUUCCCGAAUGCGGUCCCGAUGGCAUUGCCAAUCCACUUGACUGAGGACGGCGAUCGUCCGCGCACAUCUUCUGGACAGUCUUGCAUAGGAAAGCCUCGCAUAAUCGACAUCCAUCCGCCAGUUGUGCCCAAAAGGAAGUCAUCACUCAGAAGACUUCAUCUUCAGAAACCCCCAGCUCUACCUGCAUUCUGUCAACAGGAAGGGCCCGCCAGCGAUGCGGACAGUUUUCAGAACAGCGAUGUCCAGGCUAGGGGCAUAACGCUGCUCCCAUCCCCGACGUUGCCAGUGCUUUCGACACCCGGAGGCAGGACGAUCAUCGAUGCCUCUAAAAGGCCGUCGCUUGAGCUAUAUAUGAAGAAAAAUGUUCCACACUCGCAGACGUUGCCUACUGAGGUUGGAGUAGCCAGGAAGGAAAGUGUGAGAGAUGAACGGCCGUCCGGGGACAACGUCCAAGAUCUACGCUCGAAGUUGAGCGUGAAGACGUCGACUGGACACCUUCAAGAUUGGAUUCGAUCGCAUACGGAGCCAGCAGUCGGUCGUGUUCGUGCUCCUAGCUUCGUUCCAAACAGUCCUGUGGCCGGCGUUCCCUUGCCCGUGGAACUGUUGAACACUCUGCGCAUCUCGACCUCGUGUUUUCCGGAAACCACGCUGCUCACCUCCAGCCUGUCCAUCGAGACGAUACGGACGUAUUCCAGGAAGCUCAAACACCAGGUCAGAAAGCCCGGCAACAGUGUCGACGACGACGACAACGAGUCGGUCUUCACCUUCUCCAACCUAAGCACCAAGUCGCGCAAGCGCUGGAAUCUCCCCAACCUAAUGCAAAGCCGGCGCAACAACAAAAGAUUCGCAAGUUACGCCCACGACUUGACCGGAAACACCUCUCCCGAGCCGAGAGCCAGCAAACCCUCUGGUGUCCCAGACUGGGCACCCAUCAAGAAUAUCUUCCCCACCGGCACCGAUCACCUCUGUGACGCCCUCUACGCGCACCUAAUCGCCUACAACUACAUCGGUACCCUCUGCCCUCCUCUACCCGGCACAUCAUCGCACGUUCCCAAAGAAACCAACAGCGUCCAACGCAACCCUUCCAGCCCGACGCGCCGCUCGGACGAAGACAACGUGCGCCGCAUCCCCAGAAAGGCAGAGAGCAUCCUCGGCAUGAACGAUGAAGCAGCAAAUUUCUCCUCCGGUGCGUUCUACUCUCCCAGAGACGGAGGCUUUAGCCGUCCCUUCACCAGAGACAGCGAAAAGGGUGGUGUGCCUAAGUUGUCGACCAGCAGCAGCGGCGGUAGCAAUGCUGCUGGGUGCGACUUGGCUGCCCUAAGGGAUAUUCAUGCUGGUUUAGCGAGAUGCAUCGCCCGUUUGGUUACGACGCUGAAGCUUACUACUGGAGAGGGUAUGGUGGAGGGCGAGGCGCUGUCGCCGAAGGAGACGGUGGCGCUGGAUCCGUUCUUGUUGAGGACGCUUUGCGAGCUGGUGAGGUGUGCUGAGGAGACGGCUUGUUGA